AAUUAUUUAUUGGACGGAAGGCUGUCUGUCUCUCAUCGAUGCGAAAUCGCAGACUCUAUAUUUCCGAAGGGCCAAAUAGCGAUACAAGGACUGGUGUGGAAACGGUGCCAGAAUCCUACCAUUAUUUGCCCCCUCUCUCCCUCCUCUCUCCUUCUGUGUGCGGGCGCAGAAAAUCCACAAGGACAAGAUCUUCGAGGAGGUACCAUGGAUGAACUCGAGAGUCGGACAUAAUUGCCAGUCACCGGAGCGGAAAAAGAGAACCACACAGCGGCCGUGGUCCAUCGGACGAGUCAGCUUCAGCUAUAUGAAAGCAGUACCACCUUCCUGAGGCCAUUUUGGAAGGGGAACUAACUCUCUUCUGUUUCUCCGCCUCCCUGCCUGGAAGAGCUCCUCUUAUUUUCAAGUGCACGAAGCGCCGAGCAAGCUUGAGAGAUCAGUAUACGAAGCAGCUUUGAAGGUUCGGAAUGGUGCAAGAGGGAGAAGAAGAAACUCGGAUGGCAAAUCAUAGAGUCGGUGAAACUGGCCUUUCUGAUUCUGGACCUUCAACUCGAUCAGUCGCUGAUGGAAUUCAUGGCACCACUCCUCAAGCUGCGACUAAUUUCUUUGAUCAGGAAGGAGCUGCCUACUUUGGGGAGUUGGAAAAGGCUCUCAUGCAGGGAGUAGACGGCAUAAGAGAAACCGAAGAAGACACAAAGGCCUUUUUCGCAACCAGGCCAGCGACACUUGAGAUCUUCCCAUCAUGGCCAAUGAGAUCCCAGCAAACUCCCAGAGGGAAGACACGAUCGGCGAACAGCACCGAUCUAGGCUCGGCUCAAGACACCACCACAUCUCAUCUAGGAUCAGACUCUACAGCAAGCAGAAGGGCUUCUUCGGACCAGUCUGCUGACCAGGAGCAGGCGAUGAUGACGAUGAUGAUCGCAGGCGACGGCUCCAUCACAGGAACGACACCAACUUCUCAACUCGCAUCCCAAGAGAAGAGAAAGAUGACUGGUUCAGCUGCAGGAAAAGAUGGAAAGAAACUUGAUGCUAAGACGUUAAGACGCCUAGCUCAAAAUCGAGAGGCAGCAAGAAAGAGCCGGCUGAGGAAAAAGGCUUACGUGCAACAAUUAGAGUCCAGUAGAAUUAGACUUCAGCAGUUAGAGCACGAUCUCCAGCGAGCAAGAUCACAGGGUCUCUUCUUAGGAGUGGCAGGCAGCGCAAAUGGAGCUGUCACUUCCGGCGCAGCGAUGUUUGACGUGGAAUAUGCUCGAUGGCUGGACGAGAACUGCAAGCACAUGUCCGACCUUCGAGGUGCAAUGCAGGCUCACCUCCCCGACGGCAAUCUUGGUGUAAUCGUAGAUCAAUGCAUCGCGAACUACGAUGAUCUCUUCCGUCUGAAAGAAAUUGUUGCGAAAUCCGACGUAUUCCACCUCUUGAAUGGUACAUGGAUGACUCCAGCGGAGCGCUGUUUCCUGUGGAUGGGUGGGUUUAGGCCCUCUGAGCUCCUCGAGAUACUGAUGCCUCAUCUUGAUCCAUUGACGGAGCAACAGCUACUGGUGAUCGGCAACCUGCGGCUCUCGUCGCAGCAGGCGGAGGAGGCUCUCUCGCAGGGCCUCGAGCAGCUUCACCGGUCUUUGUCUGACACCGUCACCGGCGAUUCUCUCAGCGACGGCGUCGAUGUCGGAAAUUACAUGGGCCACAUGGCUCUUGCACUGGGGAAGCUGGCCAACCUCGAAGGAUUCGUCCGCCAGGCUGAUAACCUGAGACAACAAACGUUGCACCAGUUGCGUCGGAACUUGACGAUCAAGCAAGCAGCAAGAUGUUUCCUAGCGAUCGGAGAGUAUUAUACUCGUCUGCGUGCUCUGAGCUCUCUGUGGGCUUCUCGCCCUCGGCAGAGCUUAAUCGUUCAUGACAGUGUUGUCUCAUCAGCGACAGACCUGCAGAUUGUUCAUCAACCACUGCAGAAUCAUUUUACUUCCUUCUGAAAAGAUUCCCAAUCAAGAAAUAUGCUGUGCAUAGUUUCCAUUUUGAGCUCAUCCAUGUUGUACCAUGACUGUAUUCUUAUGCAUUAGGAGAUUUGUACUUGGCCCAAAAAAAAGAGCUCAAGGGUGCUAAAAGCAAGAUUAUUCUAAUGCA